AUGGCUUUAUUGUAUAUAUAUACACUUCCGUAGUUUGUACUUUGCAAUGGCUCAUGUUGUGAUUUUAUACAGGAAUGGCAAUAACUUGCUGUAGUAAAAUCAAUACACGUAACAAAAUCAAAAGUACAUGUUAAUUUUUUGUGGAUCGAGACAAUUUUUCAUUACUUUAUAACAAUGCAAGUAUCUGAAAUAGAUAAUGUUAAAAUAUACAACCUCAGUGCUGGAAAGUCUCUACCAGAUUGGUUAACAGAAAGAAAAAGGAAAGCUCUUUUAAAGAAAAAUGUAGACCUACGAAGAGGUAUAGAACUUAUUCAGGAAUUUGAUAUGCCUGGAGUUAGCACGAGUAUACGUGUAUCUAAAGAUGGACAGUAUGUCAUGGCGACUGGAAUAUACAAACCAAGAAUAAAAUGUUUUGAUGUAAAUAAUCUAUCAUUAAAAUUUGAAAGGGGUCUUGACUCUGAGGUUGUUACAUUUGAAAUAUUAAGUGAAGAUUAUUCAAAAAUUGUAUUUUUACAAUGUGACCGAUAUGUUGAGUUUCACGUAGGCCAUGGUAGACAUUAUCGUCUUAGGGUUCCACAUUUUGGAAGGGAUAUGAAGUAUCACCGCCCAUCCUGUGAUCUUAUUGUUGUUGGAGCAUCUAAUGAAGUAUAUAGGUUAAAUUUAGAAUUAGGACAAUUUCUGGCUCCAUAUGUAACAAAUGCCACAGAAAUCAAUUGUUGUAGUGUGAAUGAGGAGCAUGGUUUAUUAAUAUUUGGUACUGAAGCCGGUCACGUGGAGGCUUGGGAUCCUCGUACUAAGUCAAGACAAGGCAUCUUGGAUUGUGCACUACACUGCUCUGAUUCAGAAUACAGAAACAGUAGUGUACCUGCAAUAAGUGUACUGAAGUUCAAUGGAGCCCUACAAAUGGGAGUUGGUACCUCAUCUGGUCAUGUUUUAUUGUAUGAUAUUAGGUCUAGUAAACCACUUUUAAUAAAAGACCACAUGAAUGAGAUACCUAUAAAAUGUAUAGAAUUUCAUAAACAGAUGGAAUAUGUUUACUCAAUGGAUGCCAAUGUCGUGAAAAUUUGGGAUGUUAAUACUGGUAAACAAUACACAAAUAUUGAAUCAUCUGUAGGUUUCAAUGAUUUAUGUGUAAUUCCAAAUACCGGUUUAAAUAUGAUGGCGGUCGAAGACGAAAAAAUGCAAAUUUACUAUAUACCAUCAUUAGGACCGGCCCCUAGAUGGUGUUCGUUCUUAGAUAAUGUGACAGAAGAAAUGGAGAGUGCGGCUUCACAAAAUGUUUACGAUGACUAUAAGUUUAUUACUAAACAAGAACUAGAAUCUCUAGGUCUAGAUCACUUACUUGGAACGAAUUUAUUACGGGCGUAUAUGCAUGGAUACUUCGUCGACGUACGAUUGUAUAAAAGAGCUAAAUCAAUCGCUGAUCCGUUUGCAUUCGAAGAAUAUAAGAGACGCAAAAUCAGAGAGAAGAUUGAACAGGAAAGAACAUCAAGAAUUAAAAUCGAUGACAGUUUACCAAAGGUCAAUCGUGAUCUUGCGUCUCGUUUGUUGAACUCUGAUACGAACAAGAAGAAACAGUCUAACAGCUUACUUCAAGAUGACAGAUUUAAGGCUCUAUUUGAAAAUCCUGAUUUUGAAGUUGAUAAAAAUGCUGACGAGUAUCGUUUACUGAAUCCAGUGCUUGCGAGACUCGACAAGAGUAAAUCUAAACCAAAAGUAGCGGCUGAAAAAGUGGAGGAGACAGUUGUGGAUGAGGCUGAAAAAGAUUCGGAUCAAGAACUAUACGAGUCCAGCGACAGUUCUGACGAAGAUAGGACAUGGACGAAAGAAGUGAAAAAGCAACAUAAAAUAAUAAGGAAGAGAAAACAAGGUGAACAUGAAGAUGAGGAGGUUGAACCUGCAAAUAGUGAAAAAGUUUAUGAAUUCUCUAAAGCUCCUAAAACUAAUAACAUAAGAAGUAUAAUGCAUGUUAGUAAAAAGAGCUUGGGAGAGAGAUUAGCGAGAGAGGGUACGGCUGUUGUGACAGGUACAGCAGGUAACAGGGAAAUGAAGUUUACUAUGAGGGAUAAGAAGAGAACAUCUGAAACACAUAAGAAAAUGAAGAAACAUUAUGAAGAAAGGAAACAAAUAGUCAGAAGAACUGGCCAUUUGAUUAAAAAGAGACUUCCAAAGAUGUUAUAAAAAUAAAACUUUGAAUUUAUAUGAUAUUUUUUGUUUAUUUAUAUGUUGAGAAACUAUUACAACUGAGAAAAGAAAUGAAAUUCUGUGAAACAA